AUGCCAUCUAUCAAGUUGACCUGCCAUUGCGGGGCUGCAUCUCAGACCCUUGAUCUCCGACUUCCUCAAAGCACUGACGGAGUUCCUCUCACGGAGCUUACCAUCUGCCACUGCGCCACCUGCCGGCACUCUACUGGCCAGCUCUUCGCCUCUUACCUACCGCUGCCGGCGGGGCUCGAACCUGGUCUGGACGGGCUGCGAGCCUGGUCCAGUCCCUCUGGCCAGAGCGUACGCUACUUCUGUACCCGAUGCGGCUGCCACGUCUUCAUCCAACGAGACACCGGUUGGUCCGUCGCGACAGGCACAAUCGUCUCGGAGCCCGAUGAGUUUGGCGCACGGUUCGUGCAGCACCGAAAUGUAGCAGACGCGGGUGAUGGGGGCCUGGCGCCAUUCCUCAAGGCCAUCGAUGGCGUAGAACUCUCAUCAGACAUGCCUAUGCCGUCAUCGCCUGAGACUCAAGCCCGAACUCCUUCCGCCACGGACAUUCUCCCUGCAAGCUGCGCCUGCAAAGCCGUGUCGCUCCUCAUAAGUCGACCCGACGCGUCGUCUCUCCUGCCGCACAGCCACUUCCCAGACCUCAUGGUCGCCUAUCGCGACGCCUCCCCCGCCAACCCCUCCGACGUGAAGUGGUGGCUGUGUCCCCGCAGCACAACCGACCAUACGGAGCCGGUAGACAUCGCCAACGCGACUGGCUAUCUGGCGGGUACUUGCGCCUGUCAGACGUGCCGCCUGGUGUCCGGCUUCGAGAUCCAGUCGUGGGCGUUCAUACCCGAGGGCAACAUCCGGAUCCGCUGUGCUGCUCCUCCUGCUGCUGACACAGCCACCGACGUCUCGUCGACAGAGGACUUCCAACCCCUCGCCACAUUCUUUUCCGACCCGCUCCAUAGCCAAAGGACAGGCAAUCUGGGAUCCUAUGCGUCUAGCCCCGGCGUGACCCGCAACUUCUGCGUCCACUGCGGCGCCACGAUCUUUUGGCGCGGCCGGCACGGUGGUCCGAGCUUGAUCGACGUCUCGGCCGGCCUGCUCCGUGCCGAGAGUGGGGCGAGGGCGGAGGCGGAGGGCUGGCUUCAGUGGUGGAAGGGGCGUGUCAGUUUUGCGGAGGAGGCUUCGUUGGGUCGGGAGGGUGCUGCUGCGCGCAGGGCUAUUGCGUUGGUUAAGGGAUUAGAAGAUGGAAUGGGGGAGGACAACACUUGA